AUGAAAACAUCGAUACCGUCGGAUGUCUGGGAGAAGAAGAAGGCGUUGAUCGCUCGUUUGUACAAAGACGAGGAAUGGCCGUUGAAGCAGGUGAUUAAACAGAUUCGCACAGAAGAUUUCAAUCCCAGCGAAACACAACUACGAAGUCGUCUGAAGAAAUGGAGAGUCACCAAGCCGUCCCGCCAGAUACGAAAGAAACCCGCCGGUGAGCAGGGAGAUAACAAUGAUGAAGAGUAUGAAGAGGAUGGAACCGAAGAAAUGUCUCCCGUGGAGACGAGGAACAGCAAGUGUGAUGUUAAGAACACUACACCAAAUACGUCCGCCAUGGCAAUUCCCACACCACCACAGUCGCAGCAUUCUCAAAGUGAAAACCUCGCACUCACUCGUGAAUGGUACCCGACAGACGUCUGGGUUCAGUCGCAGCAGGAACAACAACAACAACAUAUUUCCCCACAACAAGCUGUAAUAGUCACACAGCCAGAGGUUGUCGCUACACAGGCUUGGACCGGAUCGAUUUCUGCACCUAGUCCUAUUACCACUACCACACCAGAACAACAUCCAUCUCAUGGCUCGGUCAGUCAGAUCAAUACUCCCGUAAUCACGCAGUUUGCUACACAUGCUCUUCCUGCCUACGAUUUCCCUCAACAACCACAACAACCAUCGCCAACAAACAGCAUUCCUCAACCACAAACAACUCAUGUCCUGUCACCAACCUACGUUUCUCCGACCUAUGCCAUGGCCCACAUCUCAUACCCACAACCCGCACCACCGACAGCAACGCACUGGCCUACAGGAAACGACUAUAUCGAACCAGACUCCAACCCAGCCGCAGCAAUCUCCAUGCAGCCAACCAGCUGGUAUACAAGUUUGUACGAUGCAGCAGGCGCCGCCGCGACAAACACAGCAUACUACCAUGGUCGUGCUGUGAAUCCUGUUUCCGGAUACAACAACCCGAUUAUGCAACAUAUGCCUUCUCCGCAGGAAAUGGGCACGUCGUACCAAGUUCAAGCACAUGCGCAUGCACAGACGCAAGCACAACCCAUGACAGCAGCCCCGGGUUACCAUGGAUAUGACGAGGGCGUCUCUGUGCGACCUUGGCGACGGGCAACGACAUCACACUAUACACCCGAGUAUGCCCCGGGGGUUGUUCGGGUUGAUCGACAGGGUCGUCAACGCAAGCCUGUGCCAGAUCGAAAACGCAAGGAAUCGGUGGAAGAGAUGGAUCUUUUGGCUCAACAGCAACAUCACCAAGAACAUGAGCAGUUGCAGUCAAUGCAGCAAUCCAUGCAUCCUGCUUACCAGCCUCAGCCACAACACCCCCAAUACAUUGCUGCAGGCCAUUCGCAGCCAUUGAUUCCUCACGAUAUCUAUGCUUAUGCUGGUCAUGAGCAAUUAUUACAGAGGCCUCUGGGUCAUUGA